UCUCUUCGAUGAAGUUUUUCCAACUAGAAGAGGACCACUUUCUCAUUCCCGAAAAUCAGCACACGCAUUUUGCUGAGUUAAAUGUGUAUCCACGAAAUACUGUGCUGUAUCAAAUUCCUCGUAACGAAUGUGAAAUGAAAAGAAUUACCCACUGCCCAACUGGAGCUUAACUACUAUCCUAAGACUUUGUUUACCUCCUUGCUCGCCCAACUUUUCAUUCAACAGUAACUGAAGGUAUUUCGAUAAGCAAUGAAUAGCCACGGACAAAUUUCGCAAGCCUCUCCGUAGAUUCCUUUGCAUUUAGAGCUGCUGUCGCUAAACAUUCUUCCAAAAAAUGGUUUUAUUAAGCGAAACAGAUUCAAAUUUGUCUACACAACCUGUGCGGACAGGACACAACAAUGAGGAUAUCGACUGGCAAGCAACAAAGAGCAUAGGCGAAAGUUUUCUAUAUAUAUUAGAGCAAAAACUGCUCUGUGAUGUUGACUUCAUUGUUGGUUCUGACGUCGCUUCGGACACGGAAAAGAUAUCUGCGCACAAGUUGGUUCUGUCAACAAGGAGCUCUGUUUUCUUUGCCAUGUUCAGCGACAAAUGGUCUGCUGAUGGCAAUAAUAAUGAAGUCAAAGUUCCGGAUGUUGAGCCUGCUGCAUUUAAAGUUAUGCUCCAAUUUUUGUAUUCUGACAAUGUUGCACUUACUCUCGAUAUAGUCAGUCCUGUGAUCUAUGCCGCGAAGAAAUAUUCCAUCGUUGCCUUAGAAAAUAAGUGCUCUGAUUACCUUUCAGACAAUUUGUGUCCAGAAAAUGCUUUUAACGUUUUGAUACAGGCUAGACUUUUUCACAUGGAUAAACUUGUCAGUGACUGUCUGGAUAUCAUAGCCAAGAAUACUGAUACUGCACUAAAUUCAGAGGAUUUUUUAGACAUCGAUGUGGAAACUCUAGGUUUGGUAUUAGAAAGAUCAGACUUAAGGAUUGAAGAAAUAUUGUUAUUUGAUGCUGUUAACAGAUGGGCCGAGGAAGCCUGCGUAAAAAAUAAUCAUCCCGUUUCUCCAAAGCAGAAAAGGCUUCUGCUGAAAGACGCUCUCUCCUUCCUCAGGUUUCCUGUAAUGGAGCCAAGAGAUUUCUCCUCUAAAGUUGUCACUUCAGGUCUGCUUUCAAAAACAGAAAUAAUUUCUGUUCUGCUGCACUUUAGCUUAGAGUCCAACGCGAAAUGUGACAUUUUCAACACUGAACCGCGAAGGACAUGGGCUGUCGCUCAUCGAUUCCAGCAUGAAGUAACCGGUGGAUGUUUUGGGAGCCCCAAUCCUACUUCUUAUCACAAAAUCCAGUUUCACAGUAAUCGAGCCAUUAAUCUGAUUGGUUUUGGACUUUACGGCACUCCGGACGUCACAUAUCAAGUUAAGACUCAAGUGACAAAUUCUUAUUAUGGUAUAAACUCGCAGACCAAUUAUAGAACCCACUAUUGUUCUGACAAAAUUUUUAGAGUUUUUUUUCCUCAGCCGAUUAAGAUACAGCCAAAUACCAAUAACUCUCCGUAUGCUCUUCAUGUGUUAAUCCAGGGCUAUUAUUCGACAUAUGGAUGCAGUGGUAAAUCGACUGUAACAAAACCAGCAAUAAUUAACAAUACAAAAGAAAACGUCAUCAUUAAUUUCCUCAGCUAUGAAAAUGUUCCGAAUGAAGGCAACCGAGGACAUAUGACAGAUGUGAAUAGUGGGCAAAUCCCAGAGCUUCUUUUUGAUCCAUGAAAUGUCCCAUUUCUGGAUCUGUAUUCAUUUAAUUGUAAUUAUGCACUAAGGUCUUCUAAAA